UGAGGGGGGAGUGAGAGAGAGAGGGUGAUUGACGUGAAGUGUGUCGGCUGUUGCACACAGCAGUGCAGUAGUGACAGGAUAGUUGGUUUAUAUAGCGGUGACUCAGAGCGCAGCGCGCACUCGCUGCAUGAAUGAGCGCGCGGAAGACACUGAAGACACUAUCAGCGCAGCACAGCUGCAACAGGACGCCAGAGCUGUUCAAAUGACAUGUCGUUUUAGAUCGGUAACAUAUGAAAUAAGUUUUACACAACUUUUAACGAGGCGAAUAUCAGAACUUUUGUCGUGAACGUCACGCGGCUGAAGGCGCGAAUCUGGACAGUAUGCAUUGUCAAGCAGAGCUGAGACUCGCGAGCAGCGCGCAGCUGAAAGCAGCCAGAAGACGAUACAAGACCUUCAUGAUCGACGAGAUCCUCUCCAAGGAAACUUGUGAUUACUUCGAGAAACUUUCUCUUUACUCGGUUUGUCCGUCUUUAAUCGUCAGACCCAAACCUCUGCACUCAUGCUCGGGCUCUACUCCUCUGAGAACGUACCCUCUUCUCUCCGUGAUCACACACCAGCCGCCCAGCAGCCUUCCGCAGUCUCCGCACCUGCCCCUUCUCUCACCCCAGCACCCACUCACCUCAGAGCCCACUCCCAGCGAGACGCCUGUCAGCAUCAGCAGCGAAUCAGAGACGGAGCACUCCACCCCGCGGCUGAAGAAACCCCGCCGCAGCCGGACCAUCUUCACAGAGCUGCAGCUCUUGGGCUUGGAGAAGAAAUUCCAGAAACAGAAAUAUCUCUCCACUCCAGACAGACUGGACCUGGCUCAGUCUUUGGGACUCACACAGCUCCAGGUGAAGACAUGGUACCAGAACAGACGCAUGAAAUGGAAGAAAAUGGUGCUAAAAGGAGGACACGAGGCUCCUACCAAGCCUAAAGGCCGACCUAAGAAGAACUCCAUCCCGACCACAGAGGAGAUCGAGGCCGAGGAACGGCUGGCGGCCAGACUGGCAGAGGAAGAGAGGCUACGAGCAGAAGUGGAAGAGAAGGUCUUCCAAUCUCAACCUCAAGAUCUCAGUACAUCCACUACAUCUGCUGAGUCCGUCUGUCCUGAAACCCCGGAACGAGAACAGGCCCCUCCAUCUCCGUCAGAAGCAAUGACGACCAGCUAAACGCAGCCAUGCUGAUGCACAACCAAAGACAGCUACUGAAAGACUUUUGAAAGACAGUUGAAUGGCUUCCCGAGCCUGAUUUUCAGUGGCCCCAAAAAAGUAUAGGGGUACUUUAGACACACAAAAAUGUGUGUGUGUCAUUGCAAAACAACGAAACAUCAAACCAAGUGGCUUGUAUAACCAAAAAAUAUAUCAUUUUCAAGAGAAACAUUUCACUAAAAUAUGCUUUUGUAGGUGUUAAAUGAUUAAACAAUUGGACAACAUGUUCAGAGUUCACCUGUGGUUACUCUGAUAGGUAUGGAAGCUUGUUUCCGCCACUAAAUAAAAAAAAAAAUAUAAAAGGUAAUCGCAACUUUUUAUCUAACAAUUCUGACCUUAUUUCUCAGAAUUGCGAGAUUUAAACUCAAGAGAUUGCAAG